AUGUCGAACCUAUGCAAAAGAACUCACUAUGAUAUUAUCCAGGAGAACUUCGGCGCUUGUGAGGCCCCAACAAGCUCCAAGAGAGCUCGAAUCAGCGCCAAAGAUGCGGCUGGGUCGUGCUACAGAGACGAUGAUGUUGCGAUGGUAGACUUGGUGUCGCCAGGCCCGUUUGAAAGUAUCUGCUACGGCGCUAUGUGUGACGCCAAGGCACAAAUCGAUGCCACCGCCAUACCAAAGAAUUUCCAUUCCCCAUGGAGCCGUUUCCAUGUCUUCAACAUCGUUGCCGGCAAGGACAAUUACCAUUUGACCCUCGGUGAUGGGCAGAGAAUCGGUAUUCUGGAUCAGAUCAGGGCGAGACAACUGGGGUCGCUGGAGAAGUUCUCAAAUCUCACAUUCAAAGCUAUAUGUCCAAUCUCGACGAUUGGCCGAGCCAGCGGCAAGAAACGCAUCAUUGAUAUCUCCGUGAAUAUUCUUGGGCCCGAAGAUCUCACCGAUGCGGUGGGGGACGCACUUGCAGCCGCAUGUGCCUAUCUCCAGCAUCCUUGUUCCCUCGAAUCCGGCGUCAGAUACAUCAAUCCCCAUUACCUCUGCUUUGGUGAAGAACUCGCUGACAUGAGGGCACAUAUUGGCCCGGCGAAAACGGACCCCAAAUCCUCACAAGCCAGUGAAGAACUCAACCGUCUUCUGGACUCUCUCGAUUGCACAUCCGCCAUUCCUGCCAACGAAGGUAGCGAAAUCGAACAGGCGCUUAUCUUGACUCCACUGAAGAGCCACCAGAAAGAUGGCGUUAGAUUCAUUCUGAAGAGAGAGAAUCCCCAUUUUUGCCGCUCGACGGCAUCAGAGAUCCGGGGUUUGAUUGGACCACAGUUCUUUUCAAACUCGCCUGAGUUAUGUUUAGGUGGCGUCAUUGCAGACGUCAUGGGACUUGGCAAAACAUUGACGACUCUAGCGGCUAUCACUUGUUCGAAACCAGCUACUCGAGAUUUUGAGACGAACCUCGACUCGUCUCCUCCCAGGCCCACGGGAGCAACUUUGAUUGUUGCAACUUCGCAUCAAGUUCUAAAUGUCUGGCUAUCUGAGAUUGAGAAACAUUUGAAGCGAGGAGCCUUGAGAACCGCAAUAUUUCAUGGCGAUGAUCGUGCCAAGACCGCCCAAGACCUUUUUAACUACGAUGUCGUUUUGACGACUUAUCCAACUCUUCUUGCCGAUUAUAAAGGUCGUCAAGUUCUUCAGAACAUUGUUUGGUUCAGAAUUGUGCUUGAUGAAGGUGACAAUAGCCCAAAACCCCUGAUCCCAAGUCUUCAUUUCCCCUUACUCACAUCACCUACAGCUCAUUACGUUCGAAACCACUCGACACAGAGGUUCAAAGCCAUCCAAAAUCUUCAAGCCAGCCGAAGAUGGUGCUUGACAGGUACUCCAAUCCAGAAUUCCCUCGAUGACUUGCGCUCUCUUCUCAAGUUUCUUCGCUUUCGGCCCUUUGAUGAACACUCCUUUUUCGACAAACACAUCGUUAAUCCGCUAAGGGAAGACCCUCAUAACGGCUUCCGAAAUCUCAGGAUUCUCCUCAGAACCAUUUGUCUCCGUCGAGGCGAGACCUACCUGGACCUUCCCCCCUACGAAACAACCGAGGUCAAAAUCUCGCUUACACCAAAAGAGAUGGGACUCUACCAAGGAAUCCUCGCAGACUGUCAAAGGCAAUUCGACGACGUGGUCAGCAAAAAGUCGAAGGCCAACAAUUACACCAUCCUCUUCACCACGAUCAUGAAACUCCGCAGGCUUUGCAACCAUGGCAGUUUUCACGUUUCCAGUCGAGAUGAGGCUCUCUGCGAGUUCUGUUGUGGAGACUCCAAAGAGACAACGACGUUCCUUGACGGACUUGAGACGUGCCCUGAAUGCUCCCGGGCUCUGAAAAGCUCAAACAGAAGGACACUUGCUCCAUCGAUGAGACAAGAGUCAUCACUCUCCCCGGCACCUUCCUUGUCUGCCACGGGCUCCCCGAGCCGGGUAUCUAGCCCUGCAACUCCUGGGCCAGGGGAUGGUUUGUUUGGUAACUCCACAAAGCUCUCCUCGGUGAUUAAAAAUAUCAGAGGUUCGCUUCCUGGUUCUAAAAACAUAGUUUUCACGGCUUGGCGAUCGACGCUGGACCUUCUUGAGCGAAUGCUUACUGAGAAUGGAAUUCAAUGUCGCCGGAUCGACGGACGAGUCAGCAUCUCUGAUCGCACGGAGCGACUAUCGGAGUUUCAAUUUGACCCUGACAACAGAAUUCCUGUGCUGCUGUUGUCGAUUGAAACAGGGGCUGUUGGGCUCACGUUAACGGCAGCUGACCGUGUUCAUAUCGUGGAGCCACAAUGGAAUCCUUCAGUUGAGCAGCAGGCCAUCGGAAGAGCUCUCCGCAUAGGACAGACACGCAAAGUGACGAUUAUAAAAUACAUCGUGCAGAACACUGUGGAGGAGAACAUUGUCACUCUUCAGAAGAAGAAAAGCGGCCUGGCCAAGUUCUCACUGGAUAGCCGUGCGGAGGACACCCAGAAUGAAGGGCUCGACGACCUCAAAUUUGUCCUUGAUAACUAG